CCCGGUACAUGGCAAUCAGAAAUUCUAUCUCUGGCGCAUGAUCUGCAGCACCCUUUAAGGCCGCGCAACUUCCCGGCGCCGUGACGCGCUACCCUCGUCAACGGCAGUUCCAUUGGCUCUGACGCCUUAAACGCCCCCGACGAGUCCACGAGUGACGCGAAUGACUCACUUGGACCUUCGAACUUCGACGGGGAUGACAUCACGCGCAAGCUUGCACUAGUGUCGCCUCUUAAGCGCCGGUAAUUCUCUGCCUUGACUUCUGUCUUUCUCGCAGUUUCACAACACCAUUCUCAUCAUCAAGUCCCCGCACCAUGUCGAAAGGUUGCUUAGUCGCGAAAGAUGAUGGAACAACACACCUUCCAGAGCCCUCUAUCGACGACUGGAUGCAGCAUCCGCCGUACGGCCCGCCGCCUGACAAGGAUAACCGCAAGAUUUAUUACACAGCUUCAUGCCACUGCAAGCGAGUGAAGUACGCCAUCCUCACAGACGAACCCAUGGAGGCCAAAUUCUGUCACUGUACCGACUGUCACAAGCUCUUCGGCUCCCCUGCGCAAUGGACCGCCAUGCUCGAGAAGACGGACGUCCACUUCCUGUCCGGCGUCGACAACCUCGCCUUCUACCACCUCGCCGACUCUUCGCACGAGCGCAAGCUCCCCUGCAAGAUCGCCUGCCGCACGUGCCGCUCGCCCGUCAUGGACGAGGGGCGCAAGAUCCUCGUCAUCUACCCGUCGCUCAUUGACUUCGAUGAGUUGCCGGUGGGGGAGGGGGAGGAAGGUCAUGAUGGAGCGACGGCGACGGAAGGGAAGGGUAGCUCGAAGACGGAAGGAGGAAAAGGUGGCAUGAAGACGAAUGAGGGCAAAGCCAGCACCCCGUCGGACCCAGGCGAGAGCCAACUGAUCCUAAAGGGCGAGGAGGGCGAGUUGGCGCUUGGAAAGCGAAAGCGCGGGGCGACGUCGACGAAGGGUGGGCUCACGCCAGAGGAGGGAAAGAAGAAAUUCUUCCCGACGUGCCACAUAUUUUACGAGCAGCGGGUCGACGACUACGUGGACGGAAAGCCGAAGUAUAAGGGCCAUAAGGAAGAGGGAGAGACGAUCCCGGAGCAUAAGUGGUAGUAAGACGAGCGAGAGGGGAUGGGCUGGUCGACGAUUUCUUGCUACUUACGACGUCGAGGUAUUGACCAUUAGGGAGUCGAGGCGUUGACCAGAAGAAAGUUCGACCGAUAGUGCAGUCCGCAACGCUCGGUGCGCGAUAGAUAGAUAAUUUAUAGAAUAAUACACUGGCGCCUCGAGUUGAGUCGGGAACUUAAAUCAUC